UUCUCGAGAAUCCUCACCUUGGAUGUACCUAGAAAGAUUUCGGAAGACAUGCCAUCAUUCCUCCGUCCCCCACCCACCGCCCCUCCCUUUUCCUUUCCCUUUCCCUUUCUUUUACUCUCCCUGUGUGAACUACUCCUCCUAUCUCUCUCACCCGCCUUCAUGGCUACACCUGCGAGAGAUCCUCCAGACCACCCGCCAGAAUCCCGUGCUCCACCGCCGUCCCCGGUUGCCGCAUCACCCACCGACGGAUCGGAGUCACCGGAAAAGGACGAGCUCACCGGAUUUUUGGCCGACUCCCUCCGCGUCCCCAGACUAAACUUGCCGGACCGGAUCUUCCCCCGAGAUCCAACGCCAUGGAAUCCUCCAGAAAUAAAUUUCCAGGCAUUGGUAUCGUCGCAAAAUGACGGAUCAGCCAUGGAGCUUCUCAAGUCCACGUGGUCGGCGUUUGGGUGCUUCCAGCUCGUGAACCACGGCAUCCCGCGGGAUCUGACUGCCGCCGGCGAGGUCGCCGCAGCCGCGGCGUUCGGAAUUCCGGCGGAAAAGAAGAAGGCGACGGCGAGGUCGCCGGAGAGGCGAUGGGGAUUUGAAGUAGAGGUGGAGGAGGGAGGCGAGGAGUUCUUUUGGUAUCGGAGUGGGAUGAGAGAAGCAUUGGCGGGAAUCUGGCCCCACGAGUACGAGGAUUUCAGUGAUAAACUUGAGGGGUUAUGGGUGGAGAUUGAGAAGAUUGCAAGCAAAAUGGGAGAGAUUUUAUUGGAGAAUAAUGGUGCUGGUGGUGCCUGGAUGUGCAGUCAGCGGAGAAGGGAAAGGGGAGUCGAGGGCUCGAUUCUUUGCCUCCAUAAGCACCAUCGGAAUAAUUUGGAUGGUGGAUUAAAGAACGAAGUAUUACGAAUGGCGAUAAGGAGCUUGGAUUGCUUGCACAGCUUCUGUCUGCAUAUUUGUGGAGAAGCUUCAGAGUUUCACAUCUACUCGAAGAGAGGUUGGUUCCGGUUUUGUCCGGGCAAGGAGGCUAUUAUCAUCACCGUCGGUAACCAGAUCAAGGCAUCCACUGGUGGGCUCUACAAGCACAUGAUUGGAAAGCCUGUUUACAAGGAUGGCGAACACCAUGACUCCAUCUCCAUAUCUUUCCUCUACUUUCAUCCAACCAUUAAUGUGCGUGGGGAAAAAACCAUCUCGCUCACUCAACAAGUCAUGAUAGCAGCAUGCUUGGUUCUCCUGUAUCCCAUUAUAAUUUAUCUAUAUGGCAGCAUCUGAUACUUGAUUGCAAUAAUCGUGUUUCCCUUCAAGUUAGUAUUGUUUGCCACUUGUCAGAAAGGAUUGGUUCUCCUGUCGCCUGCAUUGAGGAGCAUUGCUUUACCCAAACAGUGUUUGAGUAAUUGCAGAGAGUAAGGGCAUAUGGACUGCAUUUAGUUCUGGGCUGGAGAUUGAUGCAUUGAUUUCCAUUUCUCAUGAUGUAGAUAGCUGGAUUUUGCACGAUAUUACAUGCCGCUGUUAUCUGAUGGAAAGGAAGAAAGAUCUGCAGUAAGCUGCAAAAGAGGGGGAAAAGAAACUGGAUAUUGAUACAUUGGCAGCUGACAACCUUGGAGAAACUUUGCUUCUUUAUUUUGUUGUUGUUGUGGGGGAGAUUUGCUUGAUUUCCAUUUUAUCAGAAGUUUUGGUUUAUCUGGAUUCAUUUGAAUUGAAUCGAAUUAGACGACAUCCAUACCUUGUCCAAGUUGAUACCAGAUCCUAAUGUAAACCUACAUCAAACUCCGACUUUUUAAUUAUUUUUGUGAGUCAAGUCCUAGUCAUAUUUGAAAAAAAAAAUUAUAUAUA